ACCCCUUUCCUUUCUAGUCCAGUCUCGGCCUGAAACGUCGGCUGUUCGUUCCUCUCCAUAGAUGCUGCUAGAUCUGCCGAGCUCCUGCAGCAUUUUGUGUGUGUGGCUUUGAACUUCCAGCUUCUGCAGAAUCUCCUGUGUGACCAUAUUAAUUUGCAAGCUUCCGGAACAGAUGAAGUGAGAAAAGGUGUGGAAAUCUGUGCGAAACAGAACGUGCAAACACGACGAAAUCUGCAGAUGCUGGAAUUUCAAGCAACACACAAUAAAAGUAGUAACUAUCUCUUCUUUCAGUUAGUCCUGACGAAGGGUCUCGGCCCGAAACGUGGACUGUACCUCCUCCUAGAGAUGCUGCCUGGCCUGUUGCGUUCACCAGCAACUUUUAGGAAACAGAACGUGGCCUGCGUUGUUUGGUUAAGGCACAGAAGUUGCCCAGGGCGGCAUUGGAUAGGGCAAACUUCAACGGGAGUGAAAUACAGGAAAAGGAGGGAGCUGCCAGUGUUAACGGCGUUGGAAGACAGAUUCUUGCUAAGAGUGCGGCAGAAGCAGGGGGCAACCAAGGUCUGAGGCAACCGAUGGAGUCAAGGGAAGAUUUAUUUUUGAGUUGUUGUACUUGGCCUAGAACUGAAAGGAAAUAGCUUUCACAGUUCUGGGGCUCCUUCCUUCAUUCGCUCAGAGGAUGGCGAAAUCUCUGGAAUUAUCUCCCCCAGAGAGUUGUGGGGGGGGGGUGGAUUUAUAUAUUUAGAUAUUACUUUCAUACUUUAGAAGCAACAAAAGUUAGAAGUUAAGCCAUUUGUUCAGCAGUUCGGGGCUUGAGGGCUAUGGGAUCUGGCCUGUGGUAGAUUAGCCAUGCUAAUUUUGAAUGGCGGGAGAGGUUUCAGGGUUUCCUACUUCUAACUGUAGGAGAUUAUCGUUGUGUUGCCUGAUUGGUUUUUGUUUAGCAAAGGUUAUGACAUUAUUAUUCAUGAGAUAUUCGUUUAGAUCAACUGAAUAAAUACUUACAAAUUAUUUUAAGGAAUCAAUCAAACAUUAUUUUAUUAUUCACGGGAUUCGGGCCUUACUAAAAUGCCACUUGCACCGUUCAUCUCCUAAACGGAUGAAAUGGUUUCGAAAAAAAACGGCACUAAUUGUUCGGCAGUCCAGACCGGAAUUGAAUGCCAGACCUCCCCCCCGGGGUGUCCUUUGGAGAAUGACCACUCAUUCCACUCGCGAGCAAUGUUUCCGAACCAAAAGCUGCCUCGGUUGUUUCCACGAGGGGCACAGAUUUCACGCGGUGGAGAUCCUAUAUGCCUUGCGAGAUAUUUUAUGCACGGUGUAUGCCGUGAAGGAAGCCGCUGUAUGUUUUCCCAUGACUUGUCUACAAGCAAGCCAUCGACAAUCUGUAAAUUCUAUCAGAAGGGACAGUGUGCCUAUGGAGACCAUUGCCGAUAUGAUCACGUGAAACCACCUGGAUGUAGAGCAGUGGGGCCAGUGAGCUCGCGAGUCUCCUGUAUACCCGUCGUUCAUGAUGCAGUUGCUGAAUCUCCCACUGCAGAACAGACUGUGCCCGUCAGAGCCAUUGAAUCUGGAAGAUGUAAAAAGAAGACACUGGAGCUGAAAGACCGAGACCUUUGCAACCGAACAGCAGAAAAAUCUAAAUUGUUUCCUUUCCCACCGUCUUACUGCAACACUACGAAGACUACACCACACUUCCCUGACUCGGCAGCUUUUGCUGAUGAAGAUGUUGAAGUGAGGCCGCCGUCAUAUUUGGACGCAGUUCGCAGGGGACUGAGUGUUUCAGAAGUAGCAGAUUGCAGUGAUUAUGCACAGCAGCUGUGCCCUUUUGCACUAGCGGGUGAAUGUCAUUAUGGCGACAGCUGUUUGUACCUUCAUGGAGAUGUGUGUGAAGUAUGUGAACUUAAAGUACUGCAUCCAACUGACCUCGAGCAACGUAAAGCACAUGAGCAGAUGUGUCUCAUUGCAUUUGAACAAGACAUGGAGAAAGCCUUCGCUAUACAAAAGAGUCAAGAUAAAGUCUGUAAUAUUUGUAUGGAGAUAGUCUACGAUAAAGUGAUACCAUCUGAGAGAAGAUUUGGAAUUCUUUCUGACUGUAUUCACCCAUAUUGUCUGUCCUGCAUUCGACAGUGGAGAUGUGCAAAGCAGUUUGAGAAUAAAAUAAUCAAGUCCUGCCCUGAGUGUAGAGUGAUAUCUGAAUUUGUGAUCCCAAGUGCUUACUGGGUAGAGGAAAAGGAGGAAAAAGAGCAACUCAUUGAAGCAUUCAAGCAGGGAAUGGGUAAGAAAGCUUGUAAGUACUUUGACAAGGGGAAAGGAUCCUGUCCAUUUGGUGGCAAGUGCCUUUACCUUCACGCUUACCCUGAUGGAACACUGGCAAAACCUGAACAGCCAAGAAAACAGCUCAGUUCUGAAGGCAACGUGAGGUUCCUUCACGCAGUGCGACUGUGGGAUUUCAUUGAAGAGCGGGAGCACAGGGAUGUUUCCCAGCAUGCAGGAGAAGAUGAAGUGGCAGAGCUUGGUGAUCUUUUCAUGCAUCUUUCAGGAGCGGACGAGAACACUGUAUCCAGUGAGAGCUAGUCUGAUCGGCCUGUUUCUGUAUGUUGUAAGGUGAUUACAAACCAAAUUAUAGCUGCUUUUCCUGAAACUACAACUGAUUCAAUAACUAUGGGAGCUUGGUUCAAAAUUAUGUUUGAACUAAAGCUGUUAUAAUGGAAACAAAUGGAACAAUGAAACUAGUUGAAUCAAAAUGGUAUUUUGUAGAAUUUACUGUAUUUAAUUGUAAACUUAUUUAUGGAUUUGAAGUUUUUCAUCAGAGAAUAUGCCACCCAAUAUAGUGUCAUAAUCUUUGGUAGUAAAUUUCUUCCAGCUGUAAUUUUAAAAGGAAAUUGUUGCAAUAUUACCCAUAGUGAAUUACCUUAAUGCUGUAUACAUGGUAACAAAGGAAAGCACUCUUUAGUAGCUCAUCCAUAACAGAAGCUGAAGAAUAUUUUCAUUACGGAAUGACUUUCUUCACCCAUUUCUUGGAUUGAUAGUCUGUAUGUUAGUGAUUUUGAACGGGCUCCAGGCGAGUACCAGAAUAAUCUCAGAUUGAUUCAGUUUGCCUUUGUUUUCCCACUCUGAGAUUACUAUCUUCUGUAUCCAAGUUAAUACUUGGUGGCAAUGUAAUAAACCUGUUUCCCUCUACGAAAUAUUUUUGACCAAAGGAGCAGAUGGGUCUGCUGUUGUCAGGCUAGUGUUUUUUUUUGAAACAUGAUUUUUUAAAUCAGCCAUCAGAAACUGCAAUGAGUGGUUUGAAGUGAUUUAACAUUAUUAACACUUUUCCUGGCUGUCGUGAAAUAGACAUUCAUAUGUGGGAACCUAUCUUAUUUCAAAUCAAGUUGCUGUGUAGCCAAAAAGUACAUUUUAGCAUGACUGCACAUGGUAGCUGAAAAUUAUAGAUAAUAUUUCUAAUAAUUCAUUGAAGUAUUGAAGAAAACAUGUAUAGUACUAUAGAUCAUAAGAAAGCUCCCAAACUUGGAAGCAAUUUUUAAAUUUUCUUUUAAGUUAAUAAUAGAAGCUUGGAAAAAUAUUAAUUUGGCUGUGGUUGUUGAAACUAAAGUACUAACAACAUACAAGAAUGUUGUCCUGUAUUAAAUUCAAUGAAAGAUCAAUAUUUAUGCUUCAAAUUGGUUUUAAUAAAUCUAGGAAAUUAUGUUACCCUAGUCGCAAAGUACAGAUCAAAUUCCAGGGUAGGAGUCAGGUCUGAAAGUGGUUCGGAAAGUGUAAUCAUGUUGAAGCUGUGGUUUAAAACUUAUAAUUAGGAAAUUAAAGUACCCUAUCACAUGAAUGCAAAUACAGUUAUAUUCACAAUUAGUUCCAUUAGCAGUUCUCUCCAAUUGCUAGGUGGACUACUUUGCUGUGAUAGGCAGCCCUUUGUAUAACAGACAAUCACUAAGCCCACUUUGCCAUUCUGACUUAGGCAAGGGGUAAAACCUCAGCAAAUGUUCCGACCAGUUUCCAUAAAUACUAACUUACUCGAAAGCCAAGCUUGCUUUAUCUGGUGGUGGGAUGUGUAUUUUGUUGUAUAAAGGUGCAACCUGAAGUUCAUGCAUUAAAUAUGUAAACUGUAGCCUUAAUCAUAGGAUAGCAUUGUGUCACAGAAUUGUUAUGUCAGGAUUAGUCAUUAAUCACACUGAUUUACUGUUACAACAUAAAAUCCUUUUUAUAUAUUUUACAAAGUGCAAACUCAAAUGGUGAAACAUCAGUAUUAGAAUGUUAUUUCCCUCCCCCCAACACUUCCCGGUUCUAAUGUUUCCUCAAAUGAUAUUUAAAAGUCUAUCAAACUGAAACUGGUUAUGAAAUUAUCCUCAAAUGCAGCAUUGGUUUUAUUGUACUCGCCAGAUAUUGGGUAAAGUUCAGUAUUUACAGCUGCCUGAUUUCUCCUUUGUAUAGUAGUACUACUUUGAAUAAAAGUUUCCUAGAGAAGUAUAUUUGCUCUUUGGAUUGUAAUAAAAAGAAGCAAUUGCACUUUUACGGUACUUUUGCAGUUUCAGGAUAUUGUAGUUUAAAACCACUAAUUAAAUUCCUCCUUUACAUACCUAAAUUUGAAGUUCAUUAUACUGUAUUCAUCUUUUUAAAUAUUCCAUUAUUGUUCAAUUACAAGAAAAGUUUGAUACAUUUCUAAAUCUAGUAAAGUUGUCUAGCUGGACCCAGAAUUGUUCUUCCAGGUACAGCUCUGAAUACAGUAAGCUCAAAUUCAGAUGGUAGUAAAUUAAUCCUUGUCAUCUUUUCACCAUGGUAUAGUCUUUAAGCAAACAGCUCUGUUUUUGCUACAUACUUUUCUAAGCUCUGAACUAUUCUACCACUGCAUUGGUGCUGGCAAAGGACCAGCAGGCAUUUCAAAUUCUCUUUAAUUCCAUAUUUAUAACACUGACUUGUUUCCCCUUCGCUACAUCUUUAUUAGUGUUUUAUGAGUAUUUUGGAUCAAUAAGAUUAGUCUAAUUUUUCAUUUCCAAAGAAACAACUUCAAAUAUUUAAUUACCAAUCAUGUCCAUUGUGCAGCUAUCUCACAGUAAUAGCUAUAUCAAAUCCUGGAAUAACAAUACUGUAUUUGAGCCUCUCUUUACUUUGGUACAUAAACUGUUUACUUCUGCCUCAGUAUUUUAUUAAACCCUAUUUAACAAAUAUCCUGCUUUUCUUAUGAUACAAACUGUUUACCUUCUCUUUAAAAGAAAAUCUUUAAUCUGUCAAUUAGCUAACUAUCUCUAAUUGAACCAGUUCUGCUAAUAUCUCCUUCCUUACACUGUCCUAGAAUGAAUACCAAGAAAUCAAGAGGUAAGAUCUGUGUGGUUUUUUUGGGGGGGGAAGGGAAGAGUACAGGUGGGAGAAAAAAAAAAUCACAUAGAAAUUUAGAGGAGCAGAUUAUAUUUUUAAAAAAGUGGUUUUGUUGAACACGGGAUAACAAUUUUCAACCUCAUUUUAAAAGGGAAGCAAAUGCAAAUAAAUGUAAUAUCUUCCUGUUUCUACUGGAUUUUGUUUAAUAGUACCUCAAUAAUCAUCUAAACUUGUUUGGGAUUUUGAUGCAGCAGAAAAUAAUUACAGAAUUUAACAGGUUACCUAAUAUUCUGAAUUGUAAAACCAAAAACAUUGCAAUUUGUACAGAACUAUUUGCAAACCUUUAACUUAUUAAAAGACACGGGUCUGGCAACAAAUGUUCAGGUAUCCAAAUGGAACACCAAGUUAUCUCCACUCAUUAGCAAAACAAAAACAAACCUAAUUAUUUAUGAUCACUUCAAGACUUGUGUUGCAUCAUAGUUCACCAGAGUAGUUCACCAUUGUCCUCUGCACUUACUAACUCCUUUAAACGGGUACUUAUUUUUUGCAGAAAUAAUGUCUUUGUUAAAGAUGUUGCUUGGAUCAUCCAGUAGCAGGUUAUAUUGUUCUUGUUGACAUGUACCCUUCAUAUUUUCAGCUAAUUUGUGCCAGUAUAGAGUCUGAAGCCUGAGAUAAGCAUGGAAGGCAAAUGAGACAACUGCCACAGCAAAGUUGAUGUUGAGUCAAUCGUUUGAGAAUUUCUGGAGAAGGUUUCGUGAAAUUUGCCAGGCAUCCAUAUAUCUUGUGAAAUGGAGCGACUGUUACCUUAUUAGUUACAACCUUAAAUCUGAUCAGUAGCAGCAGUCAGGUUUGAUUGCUUGUGAUCAGAUGCUGCAAAUUAGGCAGUUGCCUACGCCACCAAAAAAAAAAG